AUAACAAUAGCGAUAUCAGCUAAAACGGUACCACAGUGUACAAUCGAAUCUGACAUGUUUGAAUGAAUUUCUUAUCUGUGAGUCAUUACGGUGAUCGUCGCCAUUUGUUUGAAGUGGAGGAUACCUCAAGUUUUGUGGAGCAUUUGUGUGUUUUUCAAAUGGUUAGAAGUUAAACUUCAGUCCGAAAAAUGGUCCGGGGAACGAUUUUACGCUGCGUGUUUGUGUUGGUGGUUGUGACAGCAGUAGUUGUGCAGGAAUCUAUGAGUGCUUCCGUUGCGAAGAAGGUGCUCAGCAGAAAAAGACGCACUACAGCUGAUGUUAGGGAUUGUCGCCUGCCAGUGAAAUUGCCUGAAACUGCAACAGACACAACUGAACGCCUGAGAGAUUUAAGGAAGCGAAUGAGACACCGCAAAUAUGACUUGGAUGCUUACAUUGUCCCCUACUCAGAUAGACAUCAGAGUGACUUUGUUGCUGAUCAUGACAAACGACUGGAAUUUCUCACAGGAUUCAAAGGGAGUGAUGCUUUAGCCGUUGUAACAACGGACCAACCAGGGGAAAGUGGGAAAGCUCUCCUCUGGACAGACGGACGUUACUGGAUCCAGGCAGAGAGAGAGGUCGAUUGCAACUGGGAUUUGAUGCGCUUUGGUGAUACUCGAGAUGAGACUCCAGCAGAGUGGAUCAGGGAAUAUGUUGAUCCAAACAAUCAAUUGAGUCAAGUAGCUAGAGUAGGUUACGACCCAGAACUUCUGUCAAUACAUGAUUUCUACAUCUUCAAUCGUACUUUUGAGGAUUAUGAGCUUAAGCGGAUUAAAUUGAUACCCUUGGAUGACAUCCGGAUUAUCAACCUCAAUCCCCAACUUCCUGACCCUGAUCUCAUCAAUGACGAUAACGAAGAAGAUGACAAGAAUGAUUUUAUGAUUGACUACAUCUGGGCUGACAGUCAACAGGUGGAUUAUGGAAUACAACCACUGACAGUGUAUGAUACCCAACUGUAUGCCGGUGAGGCUUGGGAGGACAAGAUUUACCGCAAAGAUGGCAAGAUGAACAUCAGGGACAUGAUGGAAGACCAGAAAAUAGAUGCUGUGGUGGUGACUAAACUGGAUGAAAUCGCAUGGCUGUUUAAUUUGCGUGGUCGUGAUAUCCAGUUCAACCCUCUCUUCAUGUCAUUUGCCAUUAUUACUGAAGAACUAAUCAACUUAUAUUUGUAUGAACCAACUCGUCGUAUGACCAGCACCAUCAGGGAGCAUUUGAAGAUUGGGGCUAGCUAUGGAUGCCCAGAAACAGGGACUCUACUGCCUUUAUGCAUCAGAGUAUAUGACUAUACAAACUUCAAGGAAGGACUUCGUAAUACCAACAACAAAGGCUCUAUCCGUAAAAUCUGGAUUGGAAAUGACACAAGUAUUGGAUACCUGGAAGCUAUUGAUGAGAAAAAGCGUGUGGUGUCGCCGUCACUUGUCCAACAGCUGAAGGCAGUCAAAAACGACAAAGAGAUUGAAGGAAUGGUUGACGCUAAUAUGCGAGAUUCAGCAGCUGUCUGUGAACUGGCUGCAUGGGUUGCAGAGAGACUCCGCUCUGAAACGAAUCCGAGCACCGGUCGAAUAGAAAGAUUGAGCGAGAAGAUAGUAGCUGAACAAGCAAUAGAACUAAGAAAGCAAGUUACUGGUUAUGUCAUGCCAAGUUAUUAUCCAAUUGUUGGAUUUAGUUACAACGGUGCUGUCCCACGAUACAAUGUUUCUGAUGAGUCAGAUCAAGCUAUUACCAACCAGUAUCCGUUAGUCAUCGACUCAGGAGCUCAAUUCAUGGAUGGUACUACCCAAAUAGCAAGAACCUUUCAUUUUGGAACACCAACUCAGUAUAUGAAGGAUGCAUAUACAAGAAUCCUCAUGGGUCAUAUCAAUCUUGCUUCAACCAUUUUCCGCUCUGAUGUCUAUGGCAGAGAUCUGGAUGCAAUCGCCCGUACUCAUCUCUGGGAGUUAGGCUUGGACUUUGAGCAUGAUACUGGCAAUGGUGUAGGACACUAUCUCAGCGUGCAUGAGGGCCCAGUUAGUUUCCGUCAUGGCUACAACUCCCAAGACCAAGCAUUUCUACCAGGAAUGUUUAUUUCUAACGGGCCUGGGUAUUACCAUGAGGAUGAUGAGGACCUGAGAGAUCAAUUUGGACUUCGUAUAACGAGCGUCAUGGAGGUCAAAGAAAUUAGACUAGAGAACCGUUUUGAGGACUACACCUUCAUGAACUUUGUACCAGCAACCCUUGUUCCAUUUGAGCCACGGUUAAUCUACUACUCAAAGCUUAGCCCACGCCAGAUUGACUGGCUGAACAGCUAUAAUCUCCGUGUUCGCUCAGUGAUUGAGCCCCUCCUCAGGACCACAUCGGCUAGAAAGUGGCUGGAGAGUAAGACUAGGAAGAUUGAGUAUGACUUUAAGAUAACUGGUGGCAGAGGAUGCAUGACCACAGUGGUAAGCACAACCCUGGUUAUGUUCUCAGCGCUCACGAGCUAUGUGUUGCAGCGCUAGAAAAGUUUUUGCAGCUAUGUGCAUUGGCGACGGACGUCUUCAUAGAAGCCAAUGUAGUUUUGUAUUUGUUCGUAAGCAGUGAAGGAACCCUCUUUAAGACUGAUGUAAAUGGUUUUGUAUGAUAGGGUUUCUACGUAAGACUGCAAUGCGUCAUACUGUGAUGAAUACAUGUGCAUCUAAACAGUACUAUUAGUUUUUCCAUCGACCUAAAUGUUAGGCGUUAUUUUGAAAGGUUAGACUACAUGUAUCGUGUAAACACCUCUAUGAGUAGGAGUGUUGUAGAGGAGUAUUCAAUUAAAAAUUGAGCAUUAGAUGGAUCAAAAUGACAUAAAGAACCAAUGAUAUUUUCUUGGUCCAGUGUUUAAGAUUUUUUUUACUACUGUUGUCAUUUUUGUGUUAAGUUUUAAAUGCCUUGUCUGUAAAUAUUUGAGUUUGCACAAAAUGCUAAACUAUAAAAACAAUCUGUGUGUCAAAAUCAUAUUUGUAAUUGAAAGAAAUAUUCUGUAAUUCCAUAAAGAUAAUUCAGGGUUGUCAAAACUGAUAUUCAUGUGUACAUUUAAAGUUGAAUAUUAUGAUGAGUGGUGUGUUUUUAUCAAGAUUGCUAUGCUUUUUCCCCAUGUUUAAAAUGUACAUUUAAACAAAACUGUUUUAUAAUGAUUUUUGUGAUUGGGAAAAAGUUUGAGCUAAAAAGCAGUUUGACACUGAUUUGGU